AUGGGAGUACCAUUUCCAGAUAUAGAUCCGUAUCAGGUGUUGGGGGUGGAAUCGGAUGCGACACCGAUACUAAUAAAAAAAACGUAUAAGAAGCUAUGUUUGAAACACCAUCCAGAUAAGAAACUUCAGCAGAGGAAAGAUGGAGAAGAGAACAACAAAGAGGAAGAAAAAGAAGAUGAAGAGCUUUUCACAAAGAUACAAUUUGCAUUUAGUAUAUUGAAUGAUCCAAUAAAGAGGAAUCGAUAUGAUACCCUUGGAUCGUUGUCUGACGUCGAUUACGGUGAUGAGGAAGGGUUUAAUUGGAAGGAGUAUUUCCAAUCAAUGAAUGAUAAGAUAACCAUUGAAAUGAUUGAAGAGGAUAAAGUGAAAUACCAAGGUUCAGACGAGGAAAGGCAUGAUAUAAUAUCCAACUUUGUCUACUAUGAUGGAGAUUUCCUCAAACUUUUUGAAGUUAUCCCGCAUUUGGAAUUCACCGAGUUUGAAGAACAACGGGUUUUCAAGAUAAUUGAACUGGAAAUUUCCCUGAUAGAUGUAGAUAAAACUAUUAUAAGAUCUUGGGAAAAGUAUGCCAAAAGCAGAAAGACAAAAGUGAAAAAUAUGUUGAAGAAGUUGGCCAAGGAAGCUAAGGAAGCAAAGGAAUUGGAAAGGGUAAUGAUGAAGGACAACAAGACAAAAGGUUCAGAUCUAAAGACUUUAAUCAGGAGUAGGCAAAACCACCGGUUGGAUAGCUUGAUCCAGGAUUUGGAAUCUAAGUACGGGAAGAAACAUGGGAAAAAGAGACAGGCUGUGGAAAUGGAUAUAGACGAUGGUGAGUUUGAAAAGAUCCAACAAGAGAUGUUGAAAAGAAGCAAGUACGACAAUGAAUAG